AUGCCUUCGACGACUAUGCAGCAGAAACCGAGAAAGUCCUUCCGGUUCCUCGAUGGAGUGGACAUGAGACCACCCUGGCUCCAGGACGUCAAGCAGGAACCUGCAGAUACCGUACCUCCGAAACCCAGGAAAUCUUUCCGGGUCAUAGAUGGAGAAGACAUGAAGCCACCUUGGAUUGCGAACAAGCCCAUUGUGUCCGUCGUGGAAUCUCCACCGGUGCGUCAUGGAAAACCGAAGAUACCCAAGCUUAAGGUCGUUCCUAUCGAGAAGCCUCCUGUAUCAGAUAACAAUACCGCGGACAGGGAGAGUACCCUCGCAGAUAACCUGUCGAUACUUGCCGACGACCCGAAAGCACUCCUCCCGGACGUGAUCACGCACCACGAUGAGUAUAAAGUAUUGAAAGAACUGGAGACAGUGCCUGGUUUUGCGCCGCACGUCAAGCUUCUCCCACAUCAAACCAUUGCAAGGCAAUGGAUGGCCCAUCGAGAGAGAGAGAACAGACGAGGUGGCAUAGUUGCGGAUGACAUGGGUCUCGGAAAGACCGUGCAGGCUUUGGUAAGGGUUGUUGAAGGUCGUGCAACCACUAGCGACCGUAAGGAGGGAUGGUCCGGUGCCACUCUAAUUGUGUGUCCCGCUGCCCUGAUACGACAGUGGGCUCGAGAAUCCGCAAAGUUUGCGCCCGGUCUCCGAGUCCUGAACCAUCAUGAUAGCAAGAGAACAUCCGAGCCGAGAAUAUUAACGAACGCUGACAUUGUGAUUACGACAUAUGGUAUAGUCAAAAGCGAGUACAAUGCGUACGAAGCGGGGGAAUUGAGGAGUGCCUUGUUCAACGUUCCCUGGCUCAGAAUUAUUCUCGACGAGGCGCACGAGAUCAGAAAUCGCAAAACUGCGGGCGCCGAAGCGUGUUGGGAGCUCAUGGGGAAGUACAAGUGGUGCUUGACCGGUACUCCCAUACAGAAUAAGGUGGAAGAUCUUUAUCCGCUCUUAAAUUUUAUCGACGUCCGUCCGUUGAAUGAUUGGGAUAUCUUCAAUGAGAGGAUUGCAAACCCCGUCAAGAGGGGGAUUGACAUUACCGCCAUGAAGAGGCUACAUGUCGUCCUCAACGGGGUCCUCAUGCGCAGAAGGAAGGACACUAUGCUCAACGGAACUGUCAUAGUCAAACUCCCGCCCCGCAACGUGCAUCUCGUCCUCUGCCGCUUCACUAAAGAGGAACGGGAGUUCUACCGAGUUGUGGAAGAAUGGAUCGUCAAUCAAGUCUGGGAGCUCGUGGAGAUCGGCGAGGUGCAGUCACGGUAUAUUAACGUGUUGACCUGGCUCUUGCGAUUGAGACAAGCAUGCGACCAUCCUCGGCUCUUCCAUAGGCCAGACGAGGAUGAGACGGAGACCAAUGUUAAGGAUGCGAAAAACGAAGUUGAUUCGGCCGAGUUCACAGUAUUGCCACACCGCUGGCAAAGACCUAUUCUGCCCUCCGGCGCCCGAGCAAGCUCCAAGGCUCGGGGCGCGCGGAUGCCUACAGCACUACACUUUCCGCCCGGCUCGGACUCCGCCAAGGUUCGAGAGAUACUCAAGAUACUAUGGGGAAUCCACAAGCAGUCGGGCGGCGAAGACAAGACAAUAGUCUAUUCGCAGUGGACUGGCAUGCUAGACCUGAUCGGCGAAUUCCUGGCCAAGGAUGGUAUGAAGUUUGUCCGCUACGACGGAGGCCUGAAGAUAUCACAGCGAGAUAAAGUACUGGACACUCUUGAGCGGGACACGAGCGUAACCGUAGCGCUAGUGUCGCUCAAGGCCGGCGGAGUCGGCUUGAAUCUGACGAUGUGCAACAACGUGAUUCUCACUGACCCUUGGUGGAACCCCGCCUCUGAAGACCAAGCAUUCGACCGUGUUCACAGGCUGGGUCAAGAAAGACCUGUUACGGUCUACAAGUUGACGACGGAAAACACUAUAGAAGGUCGAAUCCUUGAGCUACAGGCCAAGAAGCGCGCCGUCGCUGUAGCCGCUCUUAGCGGCGAGAGGAUCAAGAGUCAGAAGAUGACACUGGAAGAAUUACUGGCGCUCUUCGGAAUACGGCCACAGUAG